UCAAAGCAGUCGAAGUAGCGGAUUAGAAGUGCACUUGUAAGGCCACACUGAAUUACGUGUCCGCAAGUAUUGUAGACACAGCUCAAAAACACGCGAGACAGACUGUACACGUUCAGUAUUCUUGUUUAAAAUCAGAGAUCAAUAAUACUUCAAACUUUUCAGAUCUAGUACGAUCGAGGUGAAGAGAAGGAAAAAUGGGGAGAAUGGAUUAUUUGGCAAUGAAAACUGAUGAAGACACUAACAAAUUGAUUAAUGAAGAUAUCAAUGAGCUCAAAUUAGCUGCUAAGAAGCUAUUUGAUCAUGCCACUAAACUUGGUGGUCUUGGAUUUGGCACUUCUUUCCUCAAAUGGGUCUCCUCCUUUGCUGCCAUUUAUUUGCUGAUACUGGACCGGACAAACUGGAGAACAAAUAUGCUGACUGGACUUCUAAUCCCCUAUAUUUUCUUCAGUUUCCCUUCAGUGUUAUUCCACUUAUUCAGAGGAGAGGUUGGGAAAUGGAUUGCUUUCGUUGCAGUAGUACUCAGGCUUUUCUUUCCACGACAUUUUCCAGAUUGGUUGGAGAUGCCUGGUUCAUUAAUCCUACUUCUAGUGGUUGCACCAAACCUCUUUGCCGAAACUUUCAGAGACAAUUGGGUUGGCACUGUGGUGUGUCUUUUGAUUGGUUGCUAUCUCCUCCAAGAGCACAUCAGAGCAUCUGGUGGAUUCAGAAAUUCCUUCACCCAAAGCAAUGGUAUAUCUAACACAGUUGGUAUUGUCCUUCUGUUGGUUUAUCCAAUCUGGUCUCUGGUACUCCACGUCGUUUGAUAAACUAUCGUUGCAAAGUUGAACUGUGUUUUGGUUGACGAAUUUCAAUGUUCAAUUCUCUGAGCAGACCUCUUCCUUUAGACGAUGAAUAAGAAUUUUUAUGUGGAUUUGGUUUUGUUGUGUACGUGGUUUGAACAUUUCUGGUUAAGUAAUUGUAAUUUGACAUUUCAAGUAAUUAUGAUUGGAUUUUGUGAAGUCCUUCA